AUGAUCCUUCUUUCCAGUCACUUGACUGAAGCUGGGGUUGUAGAUACCAAGUCCAAAGACGACAUCCCCUUCCCAGCCCCCAGCGCCUUCACCAACCCCUGGCGCAAACCCAGCCUCCGCCCCCCUUCGCCCAGCCACAACCCCCCACCCAACCCCGCCCCCGGCCCCACAGACAGCCCAGCCCUCUCCUCAUGGCGCUCUUUCCUCAACAUCCACGACACCAACACCAGCCCGCCCCUCACCCCCGCCCCCACCUCCUCCCCCGUGCUUCUUCCCACGUCGUCUUCGGCGGCGGCGGGUGGUUAUGAGGUGCUGUCCAUCCCGGCGCUGGGGAGGAGGUUGACAGAGGCGGAGGAGAAUGGGCAUUUGGAAUGUUUGGGUGCGCAGAGGGGGUGUUGGAAGAUGCCUUGGGCCAUGCGGGCCGGGGCCAAAGACAAGGAGGAAGAGGGGAAGGAGGGAAAAGGUGAUGGAGAGGAUGGAGGGGAUGGGGAGGAUGAUGAUUCGCCGUUCGAAGAGAAGGAUGAUCCGUUCAGCUCUGUGCCGCUUGAGCGUGGGGCGCUGGGGUCACUUGGGGUUUCGGGGGAUGGGUAUGAGGACCAUGACCAGGACGAGGCUGAGGAGCCGCGAUCGAGGGCGCAAUUUCAGCCUGGGUGUGGGUCCGAGUCUGGCUCCGGGUCCGAGUCUGAGGAGGCAGAGUCUGAGGCAGAGUAUGAGAAAGACAACGACAACAAAGACAACGUCAAAGACAAGUCCAAAGAAGAAGAAGAAGACGACGAGGCCGAAGAACUCUUCAACUUUGCCCCCCGCCGUCCACCUCUCACCCCCAAAGUCUCCAGCUUCAACCACACCAACCGUUACCGCUUCUUCGGCCACAUCAACUGUCCCGCUUUCCCCCGCCCUCCCCCAGCCUCCCCGAGAAAGACAAAGACGGUGAUGGUGCCGGGGAAACCGCUCCCGGAGAGAGCUUGGUCUGUACCCACGAUGCCGGGGGCGGGGGGGUAUGGGACGAAAGUGCCGAGCAAGCUUUCGGGGUCUGUCAUGGCGGGAGGUGAACCUAUCCCUACCCCGAACCCGAACCCGAACCCGAACCCCGACCGCCCUCAACCAUUCCCCCAACCCACGCCUCACCCACCGGGACCAAGGCGCUCCAACACAUUCUCAAUCGCCCCCUGCUACAACGGCCUCAAACAAGGGUACGGCGCCCGAACGCAGAUUAUCCAGAAUAAGGCGGAUGACGAGACGGGGCUGGCGUUUGGGAUGUUGAAGGUGGUGGAGCAGAGGAGGGAGUGGGCGCCUGUGAAGCAGCCGGAGAGGUGGGUUUUGAGGGGGGAGUUCAAGACGGAGAGUAGGGUGCCGACGCUGGCGAGUUUGAAGAAGGAGAGUGGGCAUGGCCAUGGCCAUGGGCAGCAUGGGCAGCAUGAGCAUCAUCAUGAGCAUGAGAAAAAGUUGGUCGAAGGUCAAUCCUAA